GGCAGCCGGGCGCGGAGCCCAGCGCGGGCGCGGCGGACGGUCUACCGGCCGGGGAUGCCGCUCGAUGCGCCUUGGUCCUCUGUCCAGUGAGCGCCGCUCACCGCAGCCAUGACGGUGGAGUUCGAGGAAUGCAUCAAGGACUCGCCGCGUUUCAGGGCAACUAUUGAUGAGGUAGAAACAGACGUGGUUGAGAUCGAGGCUAAGCUGGACAAGCUGGUCAAACUGUGCAGUGGCAUGAUUGAAGCUGGCAAAGCCUACGUUACCACCAACAGGCUCUUUGUGAGCGGCGUCCGAGACCUGUCUCAGCAGUGCCAGGGUGACACCGUAAUUUCGGAAUGCCUGCAGAGGUUUGGAGACAGCCUGCAGGAGAUGGUCAACUACCACACGAUUCUGUUUGAUCAGGCCCAGAGAUCGGUGCGGCAGCAGCUCCACAACUUUGUCAAAGAGGAUGUGCGGAAAUUCAAAGAGACGAAGAAGCAGUUUGACAAAGUGCGGGAGGACAUGGAGCUGUCUUUGGUGAGGAAUGCCCAGGCGCCAAGGCACCGACCCCAUGAAGUGGAAGAGGCCACGGGCGCCCUCACUCUCACCCGGAAGUGCUUCCGCCACUUGGCACUGGACUAUGUGCUCCAGAUCAACGUCCUCCAGGCCAAGAAGAAGUUUGAGAUCUUAGAUUCUAUGCUGUCUUUCAUGCACGCCCAGUACAGCUUCUUCCAGCAGGGGUAUAGCCUACUGCACCAGCUGGACCCCUACAUGAAGAAGCUGGCAGCUGAGUUGGACCAGCUCGUGAUCGACUCUGCGGUGGAGAAGCGUGAGAUGGAACGCAAGCACGCUGCCAUCCAACAGCGGACACUGCUGCAGGACUUUUCCUAUGAUGAGCCAAAAGUGGAGUUUGACGUGGAUGCACCGAGCGGUGUGGUGAUGGAGGGCUACCUCUUCAAGAGAGCCAGCAACGCCUUCAAGACAUGGAACCGACGGUGGUUCUCCAUUCAGAACAGCCAGCUGGUCUAUCAGAAGAAACUCAAGGACGCUCUGACUGUGGUGGUAGAUGACCUACGCCUGUGCUCUGUGAAGCCGUGUGAGGACAUAGAACGGCGCUUCUGUUUUGAAGUUGUGUCACCUACCAAGAGCUGCAUGCUGCAGGCUGACUCUGAGAAGCUUCGACAGGCUUGGGUUCAAGCUGUGCAGGCUAGCAUAGCCUCUGCCUACCGGGAAAGUCCAGACAGCUGCUAUAGCGAGAGGCUGGACCGCACAGCAUCACCAUCAACAAGUAGCAUUGAUUCCACCACGGACUCUCGGGAACGUGGAGUCAAGGGCGAGAGCGUGCUGCAGCGUGUGCAGAGUGUGGCUGGUAACAGCCAGUGUGGCGACUGUGGCCAGCCAGAUCCCCGCUGGGCCAGCAUCAACCUGGGAGUGCUGCUCUGUAUUGAGUGCUCAGGCAUCCACAGGAGCUUGGGUGUCCACUGCUCUAAGGUGCGGUCCCUGACACUGGAUUCCUGGGAGCCGGAGCUGCUAAAGCUGAUGUGUGAGCUAGGAAACACCACCAUGAACCAGAUCUAUGAGGCCCAGUGUGAGGGCCCAGGCAUCAGAAAGCCCACGGCCAGUAGUUCCAGGCAGGACAAAGAGGCGUGGAUCAAGGACAAAUACGUUGAAAAGAAGUUUCUGCGAAAAGUGACCUCUGCGCCAGCCAGAGAAGCCCCAAGACGCUGGAGGGCACAGAAGUGCCAGCGCCCUCACAGCUCUCCCCAUGCCCCCACUGCCCGACGCAAGGUCCGGCUCGAGCCUGUCCCGCCCUCCGUUGCUGCUCUGUCCUCAGCUGGCACUGUGGAGCGCAAGUUCCGCCGAGACUCCCUCUUCUGCCCCGAUGAGCUGGACACCCUCUUCUCCUAUUUUGAUGCAGGGGCUGCUGGGGCUGGUCCACGCAGUCUAAGCAGUGACAGUGGCCUAGGAGGUAGCUCUGACGGCAGCUCGGAUGUUCUGGCCUUCGGCGCAGGCUCUGUGGUGGACAGUGUUACUGAGGAAGAAGGCGCUGAGUCAGAGGAGUCCAGCAGUGAGGUCGAUGGAGAAGCUGAGGCCUGGAGCCUGGCAGAUGUACGUGAGCUCCAUCCCGGGCUCCUGGCACACCAAGCAGCACGUACCCGAGAUCUCCCUGCACUGGCCGCAGCACUGGCCCAUGGAGCUGAAGUCAACUGGGCUGAUGCAGCAGAUGAGGGCAAGACACCACUGGUGCAGGCUGUGCUUGGGGGCUCCUUGAUUGUCUGUGAGUUCCUGCUGCAAAACGGAGCUGAUGUGAACCAAAGAGACAGCCUUGGCCGGGCACCCUUGCACCAUGCUACGCUCCUGGGCCGCACUGGCCAGGUCUGUCUGUUCCUGAAGCGGGGGGCUGACCAGCACGCCCUGGACCACGAGCAGCAGGACCCAUUGACCAUCGCAGUUCAAGCAGCCAACGCUGACAUUGUCACAUUGCUUCGCUUGGCCCGCAUGGCUGAGGAGAUGAGAGAAGCCGAGGCACCCCCUGGUCAGCCAGGCCCCCUGCCAGGCAGCAGUCCUACAGAGCUGCAGUACCGCAGGUGCAUCCAGGAGUUCAUUGGCCUCCACCUGGAGGAAAGCUAGGGCCUGGCUGGCCGGGCGGCUGAGGGGUCCCUACCCUGAACCCAGCCUACCCGGCCCAGAAACCCUGCAUGCUCCUGAAGACCCUAGCCCCUCAUCUAGCCACAGCCCUGCCUGUGACAUCUGUGGGCCCGUCCCAACAGCCCAGGACCCUAGUGUUCCUGGCUGGAGCCCCCACUUUCUUGCUCAGCCAGAGGACAGGGACCCAAGCACUGAGUCUUUUGAAGCCCCACAUUUGGGGGCCUCAGGUGCCCCUCGUCUCACCUUCAGGUGGUCCUUCAAGGGUCUGGGCUGUUCACGGCACAAACCACUCUUGAGGUCCGUGUCACCGUGUGCCCCUCCGCCCUCAGGGCCUAUUUCACCUUGUGCCCCUAUAUUUACUGCCCCAGAACACUGACCUGCUAGCUAGGUCCUUUCUACAUACCCCCAGAGCCCUUCCUCCAGCCUGGGGCUGGCGGCUGGCCACCAGCCCUUCCCUGGCAGGAGUGGCAGCCCACCCAGGGAAUCAACCUGAGUACCUCGCUCAGCGACCCCAGCAUCCGGGUUGGGCUUUGAUGGUGCUGGGAGGUGGAGCUUUGGCCCAGGUCUUCCACCCAGGCUGGACGCAGGCGUCCCCAAGGCUACGUGGCUGGCCACUUGGGUCCGUGUGCCUGAGGGCCCAAGUCCAUCCUUGUGUCCUCCAGAGGCACUGUCUGGUUUACCUGGGCCAGAGCCCGUGCCUGAAAAAGCAACUGGUACUUUCCACCCCGUGCCCAAUGUUCUUUGUAACUGACUGAGAGGGUGUUCUGCAGCCACCUCAUUCUAACUUUG